GUCCUAGGCUAUCCACCGUCCAAUCCACUUCUAUAUGUUGCGACAGACCUUAGCCAUCAGCAGCCGAGUGAUUCGUGUGAAAACAAACAGUGGCUUUUAUCUUUUGACCGUUGACCUCUCUUCUUGCGGUGGGGAGAUAUCAACAAUUCCAUUUGUGGAUCGAAAUGGCUAUUAUUAUUCAUUAUGCAACGGCUUAUUCGUUUCUCCUCUUGGUGAUGACCUGUUUAUUUUUUAUUCAAUCGGUGAGUGCCUACAACAUUCUCAUUGUAUCGCCAAUCACGACGCCGAGCCACACCAACAUCUUGAAACCGUUGGUGAUGGCUCUAGCCGAUGAACGCGGUCACUCCGUCACCUAUUGGAAUGGAUUGAAACCUCCGUCGACGUUCAACUCGACCACAAACAAUUUGCGCGUUCUACACUCGCCGAAUCUGGCCGAAAUCAACAGCGAUCACCAAAUCGGAUUCAACGAUCGCAACAGCGCGUUCCGCCUCUUUUUCGACAUUCCUAAAAGGAUGAAAAUGUAUUGCACGGCCGUUUAUCAAGAUCCUGUUUUCCAUCAGCUGAUGAACAACACGAUGAGAGAGCGAUACGAUCUGAUCGUCAUCGAAGGAGUUUUCAAUGAAUGUUCUUUGUUACUCGCUCAAGCUCUAGACUUGCCAUUUAUUUACUUCAACUGUUUUUUACCUCCGCCUUGGCUGUUGGACGCCAUUGGCUCGCCGUUGGCCUCAGACUAUUUCCCUCAUCCCGGGUUGAGUUACACAGACGAAAUGAACAUCUGGCAGAGAACAUUCAACUUGUUAACCGGCGUUUUUGUUGUCUACUUUCAUCGGUGGUAUGUCAUGUCGACGGUCGAUCGAGUCGCUGCCAAUGUCCUCGGAAUGGAAAACCUCACAUCAGUCCUGGAAAUUGAAAAUCGCUAUUUGAGUAUGUUGAUGACCAACACGCAUUUCAGCAUCAAUUAUGAAUAUCCAACACCUCCAGCUGUCGUCCAAGUUGGUGGAUUGCAUUGCGUUCCUUCUAAACCUUUGCCGGAAGAAUUGCAAUCGUUUGUUAAUGGGUCCGGUGACGAUGGAUUUAUCAUCGUCAGUUUCGGUUCCAUUUUGAAAAAUGCCGACGUUCCUGACGGCAUCCGACGUCUAUUUCUCUCAACGUUCGCUCGAUUGACUCAAAGAGUCAUUUUCAAAUGGGAAGAUGACAGUAAAAUGAAAGAUGAUGAUUACAUUCCUCCCAAUGUCAAACUCAUGUCUUGGAUGCCGCAACAAGAUUUACUGGGUCAUCCGAAAAUUCGUUUGUUCAUCACCCAUUGCGGAUUAAAUAGUAAACAAGAGGCCGUCUAUAAUGGCGUUCCGUUUAUCGCACUGCCAGUUUUUGCAGACCAGCCGAUCAAUGCCCAAAAAGCUCACGACGAUGGGUACGCCAUUCGACUCGACUGGGAUAAUUUAACGGAAGAAAUUCUCUACGAUGCCAUUCAGCGAAUUCUUUUCGAUCCGAGAUAUGCCCGGAGGAUGAAACAGGUUUCGGCUUUGAUGCGUGACCAGAUAGAGAGUCCAAUGGACAGGGCCAUCUAUUGGAUAGAAUACGUCAUCCGGCAUGAAGGAGCUCCUCAUUUGCGUAGCGCGUCUCGAAAACUUUCUCUACACCAACGCGGAUUCAUGGACGUGAUACUCGUCGUUUUAUUCACGAGUUUAAUCGUGGCCUACGUGACUAUUCAAUUCGGCUAUCGCUCUUUGUCCUUUCUCGGCAGAAAUCGUCGUGGAAUAAUGCAGACGAAGACAGCCGUUUCUAAUACCAAAAAAGAUGAUUGAUUAUGAAAUUCAAAAAUGGUUGAACCUCAUAUAAAAAUUGUACCUUAAUCACGUUAAAGUCGUCUAUUAUUAUACGAAUAUUCUUCUAUGUUAACUAUGUUUAGAAUAAUAAUACGUGGGAUGUCAUGCUCGAAUGCAAAUUCUUUCAGCCGCUCUAACAUAACGCUACGCCAGCAAAGGCAAUAUUAUCACAGGUAUUUAUCGAAUAAGGAAUAUAAAUAUUAAUGUACUUUAUAAACUUUUUAGCUACUAUUAAAUAAUUCACUCGUAAAUUGUGUUCACGAAGUUUUAAAUAAGACUCAAUAAAAAAACCUAAUGGACGUAUA